UGUGCGACUUUUCGUCUGACCGGCGUGCAGUGUUGCACAUGUAGGCAGCUUAAUCAGUGCGGUGUCUCCGGCACUUCGCAGCCAACAUGGGGUGCUGCGUGGCUGUGAACUGCACCAAUUCGCGUGCGAAGGGCUUCCGCAUGUACAGGUUUCCCAGAGACCCCAAGAGAAAACGCAUAUGGGAAGAAAAGACAAAACGUGGUGGCGGCUGGAGACCUAAUGCGAACAGCGAGCUGUGUGAGGCACACUUUGACGACAGUCAGUUCGAGUCGCGUCGGGCUGACGGCUGGAGAAAACUGAAACCAAACGCCGUGCCCACCAUUUUCGCCCACACUGUUGUUCGUGUCACAAGGAAACCGCCCAAGAGUCGGUUGCAGCCCCAGGGUAUAACAGUGCCGCUGAGAGAGGAGGCAAGGACUGCUGAGUCUACCUUAACCUCACAGGCUGGACAGACGUCUACAGAGGCAAUAGGAGGUGCACCCGCAGUUUCGCUGAUGAAGGAAGGCUGUAUGCCCCUGCAGAGGAGAGAGCUCACCACCCAGCAGACAACUUCAGGCUUAUCAAGUAUAGAGCACUUCCCGGUGGGUUCUAUUCAUACUAGUGAUGACUCUUCUGUUGUGCAGAUACUUGUGCGCCCAUGUUUUCCACAUGCAGUGUCAGAUAUGGCUGUUCCAGAAAAGGAGUGCACUAUGCAGGACACAAACACUCCUGAUGCCGUACAGGACCUUAGUACGUGUAGCCUUGAGCUCGAGGCACCAGACAGCCCAUCCCAGGUUGAAACACUGGAGUACUCACUGAACAGCUCUGCCGCACUUUAUCCUGAGGCACCAGCGAGCCCACUGAUGGUCGACACACUGGACAGUUGUUCACCCACAUGUCAUCCAGAGGUAUAUGUUCAUUGUAGUUGUGUAACUGUGCUACCAGAUGCAUAUCUGCUACUCCACACUUCAUGCACGUUUUUGCUUCUUAAAGCCAGACAGCUGUGUAUGACAUGCUCCUCCUUUGUGAAAAUGUUUUCAUAAAGACAAUAGGAAGUUGCAUGGACAAGGACAAUAUCCUUUGCACCUUGCAUAGUGCAAUGCUUACUGCUGCAAAACACGUGCCACUCACAAACUGUCAUGGUGUGAAGGACAAGAUCAUUCGCCGGUUUUGCCAUGCACGUUUACAGCUGCACCUGUCUGACCUGAGCAGACAAAUUAACACUAAAGUGAGAGACAUGGGCAGCAAAAGCAUGUGCGCCCCACGUCGACAAAAGUGACACAUAACACAACAGUGACAGUGUACUUGAUGAACGCUAUUGUGCGGAAUCAUGAUUUCCAUUUUAUUCAUAUGUUGUAGAACUGUGACAGUCUACAAUCUUGACUUCGUGCAGUUUGACAAUUUAAAGAAGGUGCAGUUUUCUUUUUGCCCAUUUGUAGUGAGUGAACAUUGGUAUAUCCAAGUGUGCGUUUCAGCUAGGUUUUAUUUUGAUCAGUGUUGUGUAUGUCUCAACUUUGUGCCUGAACAGUGGAUAGAUUUCAAUUGUUUGACUAAAGCUGGACUGUUUUCUUAGCGUGAACUGUGUAUUCUUAGUGUAAUGUAUGCCAUUGUUCCUCCUUGUGGUAUCCCCACCUUGCCGUGGUGAGGAGGCUUGUGUGCUUCUGUGAAUUUAUGGGCUAAGCCAGCCGUAGUUGCACUACUGUAAUUAGCUGUGUACUACAUCAGGGCCACCCAUGCUGGAAAGGCCAUAGCUGAGGGGCUAGACUAAGAGGGAUACAUAAAAAUGAUUGUUUUUGG